UUCAUUUAAGACAGAAAACAAAAGUCAAAUAACCUUAAAAGGAACUAAUAAGUAAUAAACGGGUCGAGCGGACGCAAGCAUCCGCCACGUGGACGCAUUUGGCUUUGAGUGAAUGGAACGGUUGCGUAAUUGACCCGAAGAGGAAGAGACGCAUCAGCGUUCCAUAUUCCCCCAAAGAAAAAAAAAAAAACACUACUCAAAACAAAAACACUCCUCCGUCUUCUCGCUUUUUUCUGGCCCCUUUAAACCCCACGCCAUUCUACUCUCUCUCUCUCUGUGGAAAAUGCAAUUCACAGCUCAAUUCCCUCAGUCCAAAGAGUAAAAGCACAAAUUAGAACCCGAAUCCAAAUAAAAAACCCAAUCAUAUGCCCUCAGAUCUCACUUUCUCUCCUUAACAACCAACACCCAAUCCACACAUACUACCAAACUUAGAUAUUCACUGAGAGAGGGAGAGUGUGUGUAUGUGUGUUUUCUUGUACAUGAUAGAAAUGGCUACCUUGCAGAAAUUCAAGCUCCUAGCCACUCAGUGCGCCGUAGUGGCCGGAAGCCCAACUCAGAGCCCAUCGGCGAGCCCUGUAAUCCACCUCCGCCGCCGAAAGACCCUCCGAAUGCUCCUCAAUCGCGCCGAUCGGCGUGGACGUUUCUCUCGCCAAGAAGACUCCCCGGAGCUCCGCAACAGGGGUUCGGAUCUCAAUCGCGCGCCGGAUAAUAAGAAGAAGCAGAAGAAGGAGAAGAACGAGGAGGUUAGGAUCCGGCACAAGCUGAAGGACCUGUUUGUUUCCUCGCCUCCGCUUGAAGAUAGAGUUUCGGACAAGAGAUUCCAAAACGAAGAACAAGAACAAGAACAACAAGAGCAGCAACAGCAACAGCAACAACAAUUGGUCGGGACGCUACCCGAAAACGGGAGUCUCGGUGGUGGUGGCAGCCCUGCUCAUCGGCGUGGCAGAAGCGGAGGAGCCGGUUCUUUCAGGCCAAUAACGGCGACGUUUCGGUAUAGAUUGCUGAGAAGAGCAUGGCGACCCGUACUCGUUACCAUCCCAGAGUAGCUGAAAGAAGCGAAAUGAUUCGAAGAUAGAGAGAGUUUUGUCUGUGAAAGAGUAUUCGAGACACUGCAAUUCCUGUUCCUUUCGUGACUUGGAGAUCAGGUCAAUGGAACUUGAACUGGUACUAUUAUUCAUGCAGUUUCCUAGGGCACCACCAAUUUCCUUGUAUACACGCAAUGGGCGGAUCGAACAACUAGGAAGCAGGAAGUGAGAUGGUACGUUUGUAUCUUUGUUUGGAUUGGAGCAUAGCUAGGAAUGAAGGUGGCCACAAAUUCUCUCCAACAAGGAAAGGAGGAAUCUAUUUUGCCUUCUCCUUCAAUGAACUGUAAAAGCAAAAGGACACAAGCAACGCACAUAUAUAUAUUGUAUGCUUUUGAGCUGUAAUGCACAACAUAUUUGAUUUUGACCGGACCAA